AUGUUAUAUGAUAGUAUAGAGUAAAAGGUAAUGAAAUGAAAAUUUAUACUAGAAUAUUCUUUUACAUUUAAGCAGAUGGAAUAAGAUGCCUUUUAAAAUAGAAAUAAACUACUGGCAGAGAAAAAGAUCUCCUUUUAUUAAUUUUACUUAAAAUCAAGUUAAAACCCAUUUUUGCCCUCUAUCCAACAUCGUAAAUAGUUGA